CCGCGCAGUCAGUACGACUUCGCUGCUGAAAGUGUGUGGUUGUGUACCGACCGUUAAAAUCGUUCUCUGAUCAAACGCUGUUGUUAAACAAACGAUCCCACCUAUUUAUACGAUCUAAUUCUGUGCCCUUUGAUGACGGUAAUGAUUUGUGUUUACGUAUAUAAAAUGUAAGAUUGUUCUUGCUUGUGUUUUACAAUAUAGUGAUGGAUUUUGUGUUGUGAUUAUUGAAAUGGAAUAGUGCAUUUUUAACACGGUAAAAGCAGAGACAAAAUUAGUGAUGUGAAACGAUUUUAUCGUACAAACAUGUGACGAUGACAAACUCGAUAGUGUGUCGAUUUGUGUUUGCGUAACACUAGUGAUGUGCCGAUGUCGAUAAUGAGUGUGCCGCGGUCGCAACUAGUGCUGCUCUUCAUGCUAUUACAUUAUAAUGUCGAUAGUCAACAAGAGGUGCUUAUCGAGGAGUCGCUGGAAGUUGAAUCACUACACGCGCCUACCGGCGGGACUGUUGAACUACCUUGUGACGUGCGGCCAGCCCAGCCUGAAGACCGAGUCGGAUUGGUCAUCUGGUACAAGCAGGGACACGAAUCUCCUAUAUACUCUUUGGAUACACGAGAAGGCGUGACGUCACAUUGGUCGGAUCCCGCCAUCUUGGGACCGAGAGCAUCAUUCAGGACUAAUAACACUCCAGCUGUGCUUGUACUUACCAGGUUGAGGGCUGAAGACAGCGGUCAGUACAGAUGUCGAGUGGACUUCAUCAAAUCACAAACAAAGAACACAAGACUCAAUCUUACCGUACUUAUACCACCAGACAGACUGUUAAUAAUAAAUCAAGAAGGUAAGGAAGUGGAGGGCGAUGUCUUAGGCCCUUAUGACGAGGAUACGACGGUCAAUCUCACAUGCAUCGCUGUUGGUGGUCGUCCUACCGCUCGGGUCUCGUGGUGGAAAUCACACGCGUUACUCGACAACUCCGAAGGCAAGGCUAAAGUGUCGCUAAAUUUACACAGAUCUGACUACGGGACUGAAAUUACUUGUCAGGCUGUGACGGACCCUUCAAUAACGCCAUUAUCUCGCACGCUGUCUGUCGACAUGAACUCGCUGGUGGCGGGGCGAAGCGCGGCCCUCACCUGCCAAGUGGUGGGGGCCCGACCUGCACCCACCAUCUCCUGGUGGAAAGGACCCACAAAAAUGAAUACUGUCACACAAACGACGGCAUUGGAUGGUAACAUAACGAACAGCGUGUUAACAUUUACGCCAAGUGUUGAAGACAGUGGUCGAGCGCUGUCUUGCCGCGUGGUGCAGCCAACACUGGCACAAUCCACGAGAGAAGACGGUUGGAAACUGGAGAUACAAUAUUUGCCGGUAGUGAAACUAAGUAUCGGAGCUAACAUUAACCCUGACAAAGUUAUAGAAGGUUCUGAUGUAUAUUUGGAUUGCCAAGUGCGCACCAACCCUUGGCACAGUCAUGUUUCCUUUACACAUAACGGUGUAUUAGUGAAGCCUGGUGUCGGCGUGCUCUUAGCGAAUCAGAGCUUAGUGCUGCAGCACGUACCGCGCGCGGCCGCCGGCGCGUACAUCUGCGCUGCUAGGAAUGCACUGGGAGAUGGACAUAGUGAGCCGCUAAUGCUUGAUGUUAAAUAUGCACCGACAUGCAAGUCGCGCGAGGCGGGGGUAGUGCGCGCGGCGCGGGGCGAGGUCGUAGCUAUACGAUGCGAAUUGGACGCAAAUCCUAAGAAACCAAUGACAUAUCGAUGGUGGUUUAAUAGUUCUACACACAGCAAGAAGGAACUCAAAACUUCGAUUAUGCACUCGCCUUAUGAUGAAUUAGGUACCUUUCAAUACGUAGUAAAUAGUUCAGAAGACUACGGGUGGGUGCAAUGUUCGGGACAAAACUCCAUCGGUUCACAAAUUGAACCUUGUUUAUUCCAGAUAUUACCGGCUGAAAAACCAUCAAGUGUUAAAAACUGCGAAGUAAGGAAUGUGACUUACGACUCGUUGUUAGUAAACUGCACUCCGGGUUACGACGGCGGAGUUAAACAGACGUUUAUCUUAGAGAUAUACGACACGGAGUCCAGUUUAAUAUUACGUAACAUCACAAAGGAGUUGCCCACAUUCGAAGUAUCGGAGUUAUUUGCUCGCGCUGCGCUAACUCUGUCCAUACGAGCUAGCAACACUAAAGGCUCCAGUGAUGCGUUUAUUCUCACAUGUAACCUUCUUAAAUAUCCUGAGAGAAGAACUGUUGGUAACUCACCAGCGGUGGUACCAGUACGUGUGGAGUUGACCACUCUGCUAGUAACGGUGCUGGUGGGUGGUGGUCUACUGGCGGUGGCCGCUGCCGUCUGCGCCACUAUGUGCUACUGCAAAUAUUUCAACAAUAAAGAAAAUAAUGAAAAAGCCAAGAGGCCUCAAGACGAGACCUCCGACGUUCUACUGUCCGGUAUGAAAAAGACUGAAAGUAAUGAUAGCGUAGAUAAAAACCCAGACAUAAUACCAAUAAAAUCUAAAAUCAACGACAACUUUUCGAUAAAUUCCAACAGACCUUUGAUGUCUAAAACUAGUUUGGACAAAUUCGAGCCGACUUUCGACAGUUUCCAUACAUUGCCAAACAGCAGCCAAUACGACACGAAGUAUCGCGUGCAAACAUACCAACAAAUGGCGCCAAUGUCCAACGUUGGCGCCAACGUUUGCUGGCAGCCUUGUGAUAAUGUUUAUGAAGAUUGGUUGAGAUAUAAAAACGCGUUGCCAUUGGAUACCAGUGAUUUGCUACCAUUGGAACAAUUACGACCACCAGAAGAAUAUCUACCACCGCCUUUAGUGUACAGUGACACACUGCGACACACGAGCGCGAUGCUACAAGAGUACGACAGGUACGCGCCGCGCGAUCUGCGCGUGUGUCCCGUGCGAGUGAGCGCUGAGAACAACAGCGCGUAUUACACACGUGAAACGGACUAUACACGGAAUCCAUUAUCGCCGAAACCAAGACUGGGGACAGACCCAAAAACAGGCGUCAAUAAACAAAUUGAUACGAGUUUGGGGUCGACAGAGUUAACAGAAUAAAUUACAUACUACCGUACUCAGAAUCAUUUAAUCAAUUAUGAAUCUCUUAGUGUAGAUAAAUAUGCACUAAAAGACUGGUUAAAUUAUUUGAGUACGGCACUACCAGUUUUUAGUACUUAAGGUAUUGAAAAGUACUAAAUAAAUCUUAGUACAAUCGCGAGUAAAUAUAUGUUACUAAUUGGAGAAUAUACAGGGUGCUAUUUAUUUCCACUGUCGAAAAAAAACUAUCACCUCUUAAACUCUUAAAAAAUAAAAUGGGUGAAAGUUUAUUUGUUUUAAGCACCAUUAGGUUAAAUGUUUUCAUUUUUAGAAAAAAAAAGACAUAAAAGUAAAUCCUGAAAAUAAUUUCAAUUGGAAGAUUUUCAGACCGGUUCUUGAUUAAAAUUACUAUAAUUCUGCAUAACUUAUUAUUUAUUAACGACGCAGAAAAAUUCUUUGAUUCUGAAUAUAAAAAUAUAAGUCAAUAUCGCCUAAAAUGGUUGAAAUAAUAGCCUUUCACCCGUCGAAAUAAUACUUCAGUUUUUGUAUUGAUUCGUAGUGAAAUUCGAUAAGUACAGUCAGUUACAAAAAGGUAUAUAAAAAACUAACAUCAAAUUAUUAAAAAAAUAAAGCUGUAUUUAAUUUUACUUUUAAAAAUGAUGUUUAUUUUGAUAGUAAAUUUAUAUUUGGUUAAAAACGCAAUAAAAUCAGUUUAUAGUGUGGCUAAAUAAGAUUACUUUGACAAUUUAGUAGGGAUGGGUUGUGUGAAAUCAGUCAAGAAUCUUAUCGACUUUCGAUUUUUAUUCUUAUAGAAGUUAGAAUCGAUAGAUAGUUAUAAUUUAUGAUUAAAAAACACUGCUUUC